CGCUGGAACCGAGGGCGGAGGCUCUGGGCUCGGCUCAGCCGCAGCAGCAAUCGCAGCCUCCUGCGAGGCCCGCCUCCCGGAGCCACGGCGCCUCGGCGCCCAGCCCCGCAGCUGCGGCCCGGCCGAGGCAGCGCACCGCGGAGAUGCUGGGCGGGGGCAGGGCGCAGGGUAGGUGACUUUAUCCCGCCUCUGUUGCCCGGCCCAGGGGAGCAAUGACAUCACGUGGCCUUUUCCACGCACUGACACAAAGAGCGCCUGCGAGAGGCCUCGGCCAGGGAGGCCGGCGGCCGCCGCUGCCUCGCCGGGCCCCCGGGCUCCGCCAACUCAGCUCUCCGCUAGCCGUCCGCAUCCUUCCGCCGCCGCUGCCUCCGCCCGCGUCCCCUGCGCACCGCUGAGCUCGCCCGCCCGCCCGCUCGCCCGGGCGCUGUCCUCUUCCCAUGCGGGCGGCGCGGGCCCUGGGAGGGGCGCCCCGAGCCAGCCGCACAGCAUGCACUGGGGGGUUGGCUUUGCCUCGUCCAGGCCGUGCGUGGUGGACCUGAGCUGGAACCAGAGCAUCUCCUUCUUCGGCUGGUGGGCCGGGUCCGAGGAGCCCUUCUCCUUUUAUGGGGACAUCAUCGCUUUCCCUUUGCAGGAUUACAGUGGGAUCAUGGCAGGGCUGGGCUCGGAUCCCUGGUGGAAGAAAACCCUUUAUUUGACCGGGGGAGCUUUGCUGGCCGCGGCUGCGUAUCUGCUCCACGAACUCCUGGUCAUUAGGAAACAGCAAGAGCUUGACUCCAAAGAUGCAAUCAUUUUGCAUCAGUUUGCAAGACCUAACAAUGGUGUCCCCAGCUUGUCUCCUUUCUGUUUGAAAAUGGAAACUUAUUUAAGAAUGGCCGACCUACCCUAUCAGAACUAUUUUGGUGGAAAACUCUCUGCUCAAGGGAAAAUGCCUUGGAUUGAAUAUAAUAAUGAAAAAGUGUCUGGCACAGAAUUCAUAAUCGACUUUCUGGAAGAGAAACUUGGAGUGAACUUAAACAAAAACCUUGGCCCCCAUGAAAGAGCUGUCUCAAGAGCUGUGACCAAGAUGGUGGAGGAGCACUUCUACUGGACGUUAGCUUAUUGCCAGUGGGUGGACAAUCUCAAUGAGACCCGGAAGAUGCUGUCACUUAGUGGCGGUGGUCCCUUCAGUAACCUGCUCAGGUGGGUCGUGUGCCACAUAACAAAAGGAAUUGUGAAGCGGGAGAUGCACGGCCACGGCAUUGGCCGCUUCUCGGAGGAAGAGAUUUACCUGCUGAUGGAGAAGGACAUGCGGUCCUUAGCGGGGCUUUUGGGUGACAAGAAGUACAUCAUGGGGCCCAAGCUUUCCACUCUUGAUGCCACUGUCUUUGGACACUUGGCACAGGCGAUGUGGACCUUGCCAGGGACAAGACCAGAACGGCUAAUCAAAGGUGAGCUGAUCAACCUGGCCAUGUACUGCGAGAGAAUCAGAAGGAAAUUCUGGCCUGAGUGGCACCAUGAUGAUGACAACACCAUCUAUGAGUCUGAGGAGAGCAGCGAGGGCAGUAAGACGCACACACCCAUGCUGGAUUUUAGCUUUUACUCAAGGACAGAGACCUUUGAAGACGAGGGGGCUGAGAACAGUUUUUCCAGGACCCCAGACACGGAUUUCACUGGACACUCUCUCUUUGACUCUGAUGUGGACAUGGAUGACUACACAGACCACGAACAGUGCAAAUGAUGCUCCAUCCUGGACCCUCUUCCUCAGGAGUCACCACUCCCUGGGGUCAGUCUGGUUUCCCAGAUAGAAAUCCAUCUGAGCUGCAAGGAGACCUUCAAGCUUGGGCCAGUUUUAACAUGCUAACUGGACUAUAAGCCGCCUUAUUUCUUUCUUUUGUACAAAGAAAAACACAGAACCAUUCAGAUGGCUCUGUCUAAAACAGACAAAACAAAUAUCAGCAUGGUACCUGAAAUCCAUUUUUGUUUUCAUUAGAAAACCAAUAUUGUGUGGGAGGGCAGGUACUCCAGUGGGUUCUCAACUGGGUGUUCGUAUAGAUCCUUUUAAACUGAGGACUUGGUUGUCAGGUGGAUUCUUGACCAUCUUUCAUCGACUGGAGUUUUAAGUAAUGAGAAAUACCAUCAGAAAAGACGUAGGAGCUUAUGUCCCCUGGCUGCUGUUGUACUUUGUGUAUGUACUUGUAUGUGGAGACAGAAGUCAAAUGAAGUCCACCGAUAUUCAGUGGAUGGCUGUUAUGUGUGCGGCUCUGAGUGGGGUGCUAUGUAACACGAGUUUCAUUCUCAACCCUGCCGGUGACUAGCUGUGUGAUUCGGAGCAGGUCCUUUAACUAUUGUGUGCCUCAUUUCUCCCACCUGUAUGGUGGGGGUUACAAUCCUCUCCACCUACCUACCUCACAGGGGUGUUGUGGGGACUCACGUGGCAACAUUAGUGUAAUGCUUCAAACCUCUGGAAAGUGGUGCAACAUGAACCUAUUCUAUUCUUCAUUGUGCUUCAUACAUGUUAGGGUCUGAGGGCAAAGGACUUUUGUACUUGGGCACCAAGCACAGUCACUUGCCGAGGCUGUGCCGAUGAAACACACACAAAGCCAGUUAGGACUGUGUCACUGUUUCUCCUUGUGACUUUGCUGGAGGAACUUUGGGAGGAACUUUGCAAAUCAGCAGCAGCUACGCAUGGUGCCCAUGGUCCUCGGCUCUGUGCUUUACAGAACAGCAUCUCUCUCUUUGCCAGGUGCAUCAGAAUGUGGCUUUGCUCCUCCGCCCCCAAGUACUAACUUACUCAUGAUUGUGCUUAAGGAUUUGGAAAAGAUAAAGCGUAGGACCGUGGAAGGUUAGCAGAGAUAAAGGAGAGUCGUUGACUUGGUAGGCAGAAGCUUGUCGACUGUUGUGGAUUCUUUUGAAGAUGGAGAUGUAUUGGAAAGAGAAGCAUGAAGGUGUUCCUUGUGUCUGAGUCCCCUGCAGUUUCCUUGUCAGGUGUCUCCCUGUUGUUGGGUGACAGCAUGAUAUCACUGACACCAAGUCCUAGUGUUUCAUGAUUGCUCAUCCCUUCCCAUCACCCCUCUCCCGUUCUCCUCACCACAGAGCCUCUCAACUGGUGGGAUUUCUCUGUAUUUGUAUUUGUCUCUGAAGACAGCAUUGGAUAGCUUAGGCAGUUGUGGGGCAAGGGUUCUGGGAUGGCUGUGCAUUUGGGCUUAACAGAUUUCACAGCACACCAAUGGCUUUCCUUCUUACCAGCAGGGUAAGGGUUACUUUACCUAGGGUUUAAGAGGCCCUCUGAAGAUGGAAGAUUCUGAGAAAUUAGUGUAGUUUGCUGGAAAAGGAAACUCCUUUUAAUGUAGCUGUUCCAUGAAAAUCUUUAGGGUGUUGUCCAUUUUCAAAGAGGCAAACAGGAAGUGUUCUGAAGAUGUUUGUCACUUAGGCAGCCAUAGGGCAUAUGGAACUGGGGAUAAAGUUGAACUCCUAAGUUAGAAAUUCUUACCUGUAGAAAACUUAGCUAUGAAUAUUUUUGUAUUAAAAGUGUACAUGAGUAGGUAUGCUUGGGUGUCAGUGUCAUUUGGGUGUCUCCUGGUGCUCAACUGGUGGCAGGUCCGUGUGACUAGGGAAACUCUUGAAUAGAACCUGGAGAGGAGGGCUGUGGACUUGACUCUGCACACAUUUUCUUGCUUGCUUCCCUUUCUCGGUUGGAAAGAAAUGCCUAACACUUUGCAGAUAAGCACCCUGAUUUUACCGAGUGAUGCUGUCCCUGUAAGGGUGUUCUCAGUAUGAGCAUGCGCAUGAAUAGCUGCUUUUACAGAGCGGUGCUGCCCCUGUAAGAGUGUUUUCAGUAUGAGCAUGCGCAUGAAUAGCUGCUCUUUUAUGCAUUACUUGGAGUGAACCUCCUUAGAUAGGCAAUGGUUUUUGUGAAGUUGUAGGGCAACUCACUUGACCCAGGUACCCUUAGGGGGGGUGUGAUGAACGGGCAUGGCCAAGUAGAGUCAUGGGUACUUGGGUUCAAGCCUAUAGCUUGGUACAUGCUAUACAUGGGUACCAGCUUAUAGCUGGGUACAGAUUUGAAGAGAACCUGAAAAUAUACUCCUGUAUCCAUCUUCCUUAUGGGUUGUUAAAACAAAAUGACCAAGACAAAAAUCACAGCCCUGUGGGUCUUUAUGGGAGGCCUUCACUUACUUAUGUGCUGCCCAGAGUUGAAGUCCUGUCCAGUUUGGUGAACAGGUGUGCCUUAUAAGGAAAACAAUGAGAAAUUCGGGAACAUUUUACUCAUUUGCUCAAGUCACAUACACCUCCACCCCCGCCCAGAAAGUAAUUGAAGGAAGCACAAUCCUUCCCCGCCCCCCCCCAAAGAAAUGUAAUUUUAUUUCUAAGUGACAAUGAAUUCAGCACGUUCAAUCCUCAGAGACUGGUCAGGGCAUCAGCUGGCUUACAGCCUGUCUCCUUAUCCUCUUCUUUACCUGGGACUCUAUCUGGAGAGUUUAGCAAAGUUGCAGAUGAGGACGAGAACUGCUUGCUAAUGAUAGGAUCAACAUGUUUCCAAAGAUUCUUGGUGGAAACUGACUGCCUGUCUGGAUCUCCACUGUGGAUGCUCGAGCUCCCAUGGAGACGGCUUCCCCAUGAGCAGCGGUUAGACUUCUGCCUUGGCUUCUGGCUACUUUCCAUCUUCAGUCGGACAACAGCUUCAUGUCGCUCCUUGUCCUCCUCCAGUCUCUGUGUCCGCGUCUUCUCCACUGCAGCCCUCCUCCGCUCCCCCUUCAGCCGCUGGUCCUCCAGCUUCUUCUUCCGUGCCUCCAGAUGCCUCUUGCUCUCUCUAGCCAGAUGCUGCUUUAUCAUGCAGCUAGCUGUUUUUCUCAGUUCCUCAUGGUGUUCUCUGGCUAGAGGAUGCUGGGUCAUCAACCCCGUAGCACAGGUUGGGGAUCUGUUUUGUUUCCUGAGUGGUUGCUAGUUUGUUCUGAAACUGUAGAAGUGGGGCAGCUGGGGGCAGUUCUCUUUUCUUGUACUUUAUAGCCAUCAGACGCUGGGUUGCUCUGCGUAGAGCCGUCACCAUCAGCUCCCUGCUCCGCCAUGGUGCUCCGAUGACGCGCCACAAUCUUUUAUAUAAAUAGAUACUUUUGGUUGGACAGAAAACCCAGGUUCCACAUGUUACUUUGAACCUUUUAUUAUAGAAACAAAGCUUCUCACAUGUCUCCUUCCCACUCCACAAUCAGUAUCAAUGAGCAGUGGUUAUAAUGCUUUGGAUCCAUCAGGACGGUUAAAAGGGCAAAAUACAUUUAUGCAGAGUUAGACUGUGUUGCCAGGUCUUACCAUUUUGCUGUCCUAUAAUCAAUUGUGACCAUUGACACAGCCAAGGCUAGGGCAACAAGAUCAUCGAUCACACACUCAGAACAAUUUGGACUUGAGCUCUAUUGCAGUGCGGAUCAAGAGUGUCUUCCUGUGUACACAGAGGUGUCACAUAUACUUGUGCCAUCUGAGUAGUCCCUUACAAGAGAACCCCCGAGGUCUUCUCUGUUUCCAUCACAUACCAUGUAUCCAAACAGUAAGACCCACAACUGAAGUCUUUCCCCUUGCCCUGGAGGGCUCUUGCUAUCACACCACCUUGGCUUUUUUCCCUUAUCAAUCCAUGUUUCUGAGCAAUUGCCCCAUGUUUCAGCACCAACAAAGCCCAGCCUCACUCUGAGUGUUGGAUUCCUAUAUCCCUCACUACCCACAUCUCGCCAGGCUGGUUCAGACCAACUCAGGAGACCUUCCCUUAGUUUCUAUCCUAUAUAUAACAAGAUGGAUAUACAAAUUACCAAUACUCCCCUCUCUGUCUUUUAUUAUCUUUAAAAUAACUUCUGUUCACUCAUUCAUCCACUCACUCAGCAUGUGCUGAGCAUCUACUCUCUGUCUGACCCUGGGAUACACACUAGGAAUAGAGUUAGCUGACAGCAGACAUGACAUUCUGACUUCAGAGCAUCUUCUUUUGUUUAGAUUUUUGUGGUAACCUUUACAUGCCCAGGCUUUUUCCACAUCCACCUCACACAUCCCACUGGAGUUAAUCUUUGGACAACUUUUGGUCUCUAGUGGGGUAUUUAUUGGCUCAGGCCAAGGCUUCCUUAAGGUUUGAUAUUCUCACUUUCUUCACUUGUCUCCCAGGACUCUCCACACAAGCCUUUAGGGCACCAGAUCCAUUUAUUACUACCUACACAUGCCUCCCAUGUUCCACCUCUGUGCUUCGGGUCAUGACAGUCCCUUUGUUGAAAUGCCCUACCCUCUGGCCCCAAUCACCCAUCUCUUAAGGCCCAACUUCAUCAGUUCCGCUUGAAGAAUUCCCAACUUAUUAUCAUCCCCCUUGCCUCUAAAAAACAAAACACUUAUCAUUUCUUUCCCUGAAGGCUAGAUGUGAAAAGCAAGCUCAGAAAGUGGGCCACAUUCCAUGAAGUAAUGGGCUUUCUUUGUGUAUUUCAGUGUUUCUAUUGAUAAUCUAAUGAGAGUCCUAGGCUCUAUUCCCAGAAAAGUGCAUAUAUGCAAAUAUCUAAAAUUUUACAUAUAAAUUCAAAGAUUUGGAAAGUGGAAUUGCUCUUUGAUUCCUUAGGGGGUCCACAGACCCCAGAUGAAGAAGUUUUGUUCUAAUGAGUCACCGAAUGACACUGUUGGUGUUGUUCUUGCCUUAUACAACCAGGGAGGACAGAAUUGGAAUGAGAGGUGUGAGAAGUGAUGUCUAUUGUUAUCAACACUGAGUAAGUGCUGAACGAAGGAGAGGGGGAGAAAGAACAGCUGCCUCACAUUGUUUAAGAAAAUAUCUUUGUUCAGACAGAUUUGGGAUUUUUAUUUUUAUGUUGUGUGUACAUGUCUUUGUGGAUGCAUGCACCUUUGAGGGUGUACAAGCCAGUAUGGGGAACUGGAUCCUGCCCAGCUGGAGAGAUAGAUGUUUGUGGGACCUGGAUGCUGGGAUUUGAAUUCUGGCCCUCACUAUUGAGCAGCAGUCGCUCUGAACCACUCAGCCAUCCCUCUAGCUCUGGAUUUACAGUGCUGAAAGCGGUGUAGUUUCUUGUUGCUGUUAUUGUUUUUUAUUUUAACCACUUCCAAAGCUGAUGUAGCAAAAUGAGUUCAGGACCAAGGAGACAUGGUUCUGCCCUGAAACUUACCACCUCUGAGUGGGUAAGCAGCUGUUUGAGGACUGAAGGUGGGAAAGAAGUGGUUGGGUCUUUUUCUUUUGUUGUUAUUUGUUUGUUUUCCUUAUGAAAUAACAUUUAUGCAACAAGUUUUCCUGUGCUCAUUUUUUUUAAUGGAUCAAUUGCUGAUUGUAUUUUCAAUAAAAUGGUAAUGCAUUAUGUUGGUA